AGAAAAUUUUCCUUUGCACCGGCAUGUCGAGGAAUUAUGUUAAAAAGGAGUAACGAACAACUUGUCAACUUAAUGAAUUCGGGCAAGCUUCAAGACGGUUCAAGCGAGGUAUUCUAUCUCUUUUUUCGUUGUUUUUCUUCCGUCGUCGCUUAA